UCCGUCAAAACUACAACACAAAAUGCGUAUGCUCAUGCUAGUCUAAGUCUUUGUCGAUCCGAGCUGUUUUUUCGUUAUUGUUUUGUAUCCCAGGUUCCGCGACUUCACUAGCAGCCGCACACCAUCAGUUCCAUGGUGGCAGGUUCAUCACUAAUGGAGCCAUCCACUAAACCUGGGAACAACCAGGUGGCUGAUGUGGUGUUUGUCAUCGAAGGGACGGCAAACCUUGGACCCUACUUUGAAUCUCUAAGGAAAAAUUACAUACUUCCAGCUAUCGAAUGCUUCAAUGGAGGCCCCCCAGCAGAAACAGAUUUUGGUGGAGAUUAUGGAGGGACACAAUAUGGUCUUGUGGUGUUCAAUACAGUGGACUGUGCUCCUGAGUCAUAUGUCCAGUGCCAUGCACCAACCAGCUCUGCCUUUGAGUUUGUCUCCUGGAUAGACAACAUCCAGUUCAUGGGAGGUGGAGCAGAAAGCUGUAGUCUAAUUGCGGAGGGGCUCUCUGUGGCCUUGCAGCUCUUUGAUGACUUUAAGAAGAUGAGGGAGCAAAUAGGUCAAACUCACAAAGUGUGUGUUCUGUUGUGCAACUCUCCUCCAUAUCUGCUUCCUGCUGUGGAGAGUGUGAGCUACACUGGCUGCACAGCUGACAACUUGGUCAAAAUCAUCAGAGAUAAAGGGAUUCACUUCUCAGUGGUUGCUCCUCGAAAACUGCCGGCUCUGAGGUCUUUGUUUGAACGGGCAUCUGUAGGGGGAGUAGUUGAACCCCAUCCCGACUACAGUCAGGACCCCUUUCACAUGGUCCUAGUCAGAGGCAUUUCACUUCCUGUUUCCUCUGGGCCGCUCAAACCUGUCCUCCCUCAGUCAUUGCCUGUCCCAUCGCAGCCUCUCAUUGUACCUUCACAGCCCACUCCACCCAUUAAUCCAGCCCACCCAUAUCAGAAUACGGCCCCCAUGACUGCUGCUCAGGUGGCUGCACAGAUGGCCGUGGAGGCAGCCAACGUCCAGAAGAAUCGCUUCCCAGGAAUGGUCAAUCAAGGUCCCCCAUUCGCCAGUCAGCCAAAUAUCCCAUCAGUCCCUGGAGUAAAGCUCAGUCAGCCAAGCAUAUCAACAGUUACCACAGCAACGCAGCCUAUGAUGCAGCAACAAGGUGCUCCCAACCAGCAGCAGCCAGUCCCACCCCCAGGACAGCCUCCACCCAAUCAGCAGCCACAGCAGCCGCCUCAGCAGCAGACCACAGCCAAUCAGCCCACAGUGCCUUCAGUGCAGCCCAACAUGCCUGGUGUUUCUGGACCUCAAAGCAAUGCAAAUCCAAUUGGACAGCAGCAAAACAUUGCCAAUAAGAUAGUUGCAUGGACUGGCGUUCUGGAGUGGCAAGAGAAGCCUAAAGCCUCCUCAAUGGAUUCAGCCACCAAACUGACGCGGUCUCUACCAUGUCAAGUGCACGUCAACCAAGGAGAAAAUCUAAAUACAGAUCAGUGGCCCCAGAAGCUCAUCAUGCAGCUGAUUCCACAGCAGUUACUGACAACCUUAGGCCACCUCUUCAGAAACUCUCGAAUGGUUCAGUUUCUCUUCACUAACAAAGACUUGGAGUCACUGAAAGGCCUUUACCGCAUCAUGACCAGUGGAUUUGCCGGCUGCGUCCACUUCCCCCACACCACUUCUCCCUGUGAAGUGCGGGUGCUGAUGCUGCUCUAUUCGUCCAAGAAGAGAAUAUUCAUGGGCCUCAUUCCCAAUGACCAGAGUGGAUUUGUCAAUGGAAUCCGGCAAGUCAUCACCAACCACAAACAGGUCCAGCAGCACAGAGCGCAGCUGGGUGGUGCAGGAGGUCCAAUGCAACCAAGUCAGGUCCCGCCGAACCAGAACUUCCUCAACAGGCCGUCUGGUCCCAUUCCUGUCUCCCAUGGCAACGUCCAGCAGCAGUCUGUGGUGGUGGGCAUGCCUGUUAGUCAGGUUUCUAUGAUGGAGGAGCAGCAGAGGCAGAACAACAUGAUGACAAUGAGAGCAGCAGGACCAGCAAACCAACAGCCUCCGGUCAGUGGGGCUCCACCCAACCAGGUUGCACAGGGUGGACAAGCCCCACCACAGGGUCCCAUACUCCGUCUCUCAAACCCAGGAGCCAAUCCACAGCUACGCAGUCUUCUCCUCAGUCAACAGCAGCCGCAGGGCGGGGUGUCUCACAUGCCAGGCAUGAUGUCUCACCAAGGUUUAGGGCCGCAGUUGGUCCACUCGGCACCAGGAGGGGGGCCUCAAAUGCAGAGCCAGUGGAGGCAGCCGUUGGCAGGUCCUGUGAUGAUGUCUGGAGGUCAGAGAGGAGCCGUGCCCCAGCCCGGGAUGCCUCAAGUCUCCAGUGUCAUGGAGGAUGAAAUCCUCAUGGACCUUAUCUGAUUGAGUGUCGAGGACCGAGAAACAGGACUUUCAGUGAACACUUGGCAGCCAUUUGCCACUUCUGACACAUACAUCCACUCUGUUGCUUUAUUACCGCGAAUGGUCGACAUAAUUAAGGAACACAUCAUGAGUAGUAUCUUCUGUGGUUUUUUUUUAUGAGACUGAGCAGCUGAAGUUAAUUAGGGGCAGACGAUGUGCAUUAGUUUUUCAUGUUAAUGGUGAAACCUGACAUCAUGCUAAUCCUCCAUGCUACAUACUGGUUGGAGCCAAAUCACUGGAACUGGUCAACUAUCUGACGCUUCUGGAGACUCAACGCUGCUUUCAUUUUUACUUUUUUUAUUAAGUAAAUAUAGUUUUUUUUUUUUCCUUU